AUGGGUCGUGUGAUCCGCAACCAGAGGAAGGGCCGUGGCUCCAUUUUCACGGCUCACACCCGUCUCAACAAGGCUCCUGCCCAGUUCCGUGUCCUCGACUACGCUGAGCGCCAUGGAUACACCCGCGGUGUUGUGAAGGAGAUCAUCCACGAUGCUGGUCGUGGUGCUCCUCUCGCUAGGGUCCAGUUCCGUCACCCCUACAAGUUCAAGCACAUCACCGAGACCUUCAUCGCCAACGAGGGCAUGUACACCGGCCAGUUCAUCUACGCCGGAAAGAACGCUGCUCUGACCAUCGGCAACAUCCUUCCCCUCGCCUCCGUCCCCGAAGGUACUGUCAUCACCAACGUUGAGGAGAAGUCCGGUGACCGUGGUGCUCUUGGUCGUACCUCCGGAAACUACGUUACCGUUAUCGGCCACAACCCCGACGAUGGCAAGACCCGUGUCAAGCUCCCCUCUGGCGCCAAGAAGGUCAUCAAGAACACUGCCCGUGGUAUGGUUGGUAUCGUCGCCGGUGGUGGUCGUACCGACAAGCCUCUCCUGAAGGCUUCUCGUGCCAAGCACAAGUUCGCUGUCAAGCGCAACAGCUGGCCCAAGACCCGUGGUGUUGCCAUGAACCCCGUCGAUCACCCCCACGGUGGUGGUAACCACCAGCAUAUUGGUAAGGCCUCGACCAUCUCCCGCUACGCCGCCCACGGUCAAAAAGCCGGUCUUAUUGCCGCCCGGCGGACUGGUCUGCUCCGUGGUACCCAGAAGACCAAGGAUUAA